UGAACUGUCUCUUCACAAUAUCAUUGGCUUCAGCUACAAGAACUGCCAAUGUCUCUCUUCCUAAAACCCUUCCUUCCCUUCCUGCUUCUCUUCAUCAGGCCUCUUCCUCACAAGCCUGUGUUCCCUUCAUGGGUCUAUGAACUUGCGCUUCUGGCAGUCUUGCUCUGCCGGGAAGCCAUGCACCACUCUUUUGAGUGGGUCAAGAACUGGAGCAUAUCAAGGACUGUAAACUUCAAUUUUCCACCUGCAAUGCCUUUCAGGGAUUGCGGUUCCUUACAGGGUGAAGUUGGAGGGGAAGUUGCCGAGUCAGCUUUGGCGACGAUGACGAUGCUUGAUCUGCCAGAGCUAACAAUAGAAUGCAUUUUGGAAAAGCUGUCGCCGGCCGAGCUCUGCAAAAUGUCUGGCGUUUGUAGCUAUUUGAGGGAGAGGUGCACGAGUGAUCAUUUAUGGAAGAGGCAUAUGAAGGAGAAGUGGAGCAGAGUUGUAGGGGAAGAGGCGUGGAGGAAGUGGGAGAUGCAGGUUGCGUUAAGGAGGGAUUUUGACGUUGGAGAGGAAACCGGAGGAGUUAGAUCGAAGGGGUGGAUGGGGUGGUUGGGUUGUUUGUGGCCUCUUUCAUGGCUUAAGCGCAAGAUGGAAGAUGGAAGAAAGCCUUGGAGAAUUUUGCCGGUCGAUUCGCUCAUUUCUUUUUAUCAGGCGCUAGAGAGUGGCAGAUUCUAUUUUCCAGCUCAGGUUUAUAAUCGUGAGAAUGGAAAUGCUGGGUUUUUGCUGUCAUGUUAUGAUGCGGAGAUUAGUUACAAUUCUCGCACAAACAAGUUCUAUGCCAGGUAUCCACCACAUGGUAAAAGAGUUCCAGCGAUAGAGGAAGUGACAUGGGAGAGAGUAAGAGCUCCUAUUGGUACUUCGGCUCAUGAUCUUCACAUCUCAGACUGUUUAACUGAAUUGAAUCCUGGUGAUCAUAUUGAGAUUCAGUGGAGAAGGAACAAAAAGUUCCCAUUCGGCUGGUGGUAUGGAGUUGUUGGUCAUUUGGAAGUUUGUGACAGAGAUGAACAUCGCUGCUGUUGUCAUGCUAGCGAUACCAUUGUGUUGGAGUUCAACCACUACGCUCCAGGAUCAAGAUGGAGGAGGAAAAUCAUUAAUCGGAAAGAAUAUAGAGAAGAUGGGAAUGAAGAUGGGUUUUAUGGGGGAAUUAGGAAGGUCCAAAAGAAGGAAGAGAUCUCUGUGUGGAAGCAGUUCUGCCCAGCUGAAGUUCAAGACUAGCUUCUUCUCCCUUCUUGUUUCUUGGCGUUUUACUUCAGCCACAACAAGCAGGAUAUGAGAGGCAGUUGAUAGGUUAUGGCCCUGAAAUCUCAUUAGAGGCAACUUGGUUAAUCCAGAUUUGUGUAUUUAUCUAACCUCAGUGAUUCAGCCAUUUUACAAACGGCUGAACUAAUUUAGAAAGGUGGAAGUUUAGUCUACAGAUGUAGUUAGAAUCAGCUUAGUUUUGUGUUUGGGCAGUUUCCUUGAAAUUUCUUUUUUUCUUUUUAAUGGAUUCUGCAUAGGUUUUGUUUGAUUCCACGCACAAGAAAUAUUUAUAAUUUUCCACUGAUAGUAUGCAGUGCAUUACAAUUAUAUUACUGAUCUGUCUCUGUUUGAAUGGCAAGAUCAUAUACAUUGUGUUGUUUGUAUUGGAUUAAAAGUCAAAUUAAUUGAAUUUUAU